GCUGAAGAGCAGGAGCCGAUCAAGGAGUCGGUCCGGGCCAGUGGAACCGGUGAGAGCUGUGGUGAAACCGAAGGCCACUCCGCCAUGGAGGAGACCGGGAGGACGAAGAUGAUGACAUUCGGCCACAUCCUGAGUCGGCCGGCGCGAGCGGCCGAGGACCAGCAGGUGAACAUGUUCGGAGCACCGAGAGGCGGCAUCGACAGUCCGCGCGGGCCGAAGCUUUGGAAGAGCUUGCUGCAGGCCGCGGUUGGGACUGCCGCCAAUGUGGCGGAAGGAACGUCAAAGCACGGCUGA